CUCAGCGUCAAUGCUGAGCGGAUAGUGUUGUUUUCCUUUUUGCUGUCCGUAGGUGAUCAGACAGAUGAACCUAGAGCCGAUCCCAGAGGGCAUUGAGGAGGAGAUGUACGAUGGCGUGGCUGUCUCUUUAAUCUGUUGAUUAUGCUUUAUUUAAUUAACUUUAAUGCUUAUUACGUUUUCGGGCAAGAUCCCAAGUUGUUUGACUUUAAAAAGGCUUCCGCAUUAUUUUAAAUUACUCCGAUGGAUUUUUAUAUGUAUUGAAAAAACGAGUUGGAGAAGGUCAAUCAACUUCUAGGCCACCACUCUUUGACGGAACCAACUAUUCCUAUUGGAAGGAACGGAUGAGAAUCUAUAUCCGUUCCACCAACUUCCAAUUAUGGUUGGUCAUCAAAAACGGAGAGGAAAUCCCGAUGAAGAAAGUUGACGACAAGUUGAUCCCCAAGACCGAAGAUGAGUUUGAUGCCGAGGACAUCAAGAAGAUUGAGAAUUAUGCAAAGGCCAUCAAUAUGCUAUAUUGUGCGGUCAACCCCGAUGACUACCGGAAAAUCUCCUGCUGCACAACUGCCAAGAAGAUGUGGGACAAGCUUGAAGUGACGUACGAAGGUACUGAUCAAGUUCGUGAAGCCAAGAUCGAUUUUCUCACUCAAGAGUACGAAAUGUUCCGAAUGAAAGAAGGUGAGAAAAUCGAUGACAUGUUCGACCGGUUCUCAAAAAUCAUCAACGACCUUCAUGCUCUCAAAAAGACUUACGCCAACAAGGAUCUCGUGAGGAAAAUCCUGUGGAGUCUCACACUUGAAUGGAGGUCAAAAGCCGAUGCAAUCUACGAGUCCAUCGGAGUCUCCAAUGUCACUAUCGACGGGCUAAGAGAGGAGGUUUCAAGCGAUGAUGACAGCGAAUUUGGACUUGUCAUCAAGAAGUUCCACAAGUUCAUGAAGAAGGAAUUUGAGUGGAAGGGAAGGAAGCACGACGGUCGUCCCAAGUGCUACGGCUGUGGCGAGAUUGGCCACAUCAAGCCAAGGUGUCCAAAAGCAAAACACGACAAGGAUAAGCCCGGCUUCAAGAAGCAAAGGGCUUACAUCUUUUGGGGUGGCGAUUCCGGCGACAAAUCAACCGACCAAGAGGAGGGCGAAGCUGCAAAUCUCUGCCUCAUGGCGUACGAAGAUCAAAACGACGACGUCCAAGAGAACAGCGCUGUACAAGUCACAACAGCACUGUCCCAACAGUGAUGUCGCCUGUAGAACAUCGCUGUUCAGUCAAAAUUUUCAAAAAAAAUACCCGUUGGCAUGGGCAUUAAUUACUCCAACAGCCAUUUUUUUUUGAAUUUUGAACGUUGGAACUCUCUUCUCCUAUAUAUUGGAGCCUCUUCUCCUCACUUCUCCACACACAAACACAAAUCUCUUCAUUCCCUUGCAUAUUUUUGUCUUCUCUAAUCGUUUUUUAGAAUUCUUCAUCAUGGGCAAAGAUAAGAACAGGUGACCCAG